ACGAAGACUGCAAUCUUAUUUCAUUCGUAAACUCGGUCCAAUUUUGUCUGGUCGCCUUAGAACAAUUAAAACGAAAUUUAAUAUUUCUUAAGUAUGUUAGGAUUAACAGGAAACUCAACGUAAUUAAGGCUUAUCUGAGAUUAACAUUUAAACGUACUAACUUUUGGAGUCACUUUUCAUUUAAAUUUCAAUGUGAACGGAGUGACACUUGAUCAUGUCGAAGGUGUACUCCUCAGCGCAGAAAACAUCUUGAUAUUGAGGUAGAUAAAGAUAAAUACCUGCUGGAUUUCAAUUGAGUCGCUUACGGAUAGUGGGAUUGAAUGGAAAAGAUGGCCACCCCCGAUGUUCUACAAUCAACGCCGACCAUGCAAGCCGAGGAUUUUAGUGUUUGUUCACUCUGCCAGGAGACGUUUAAACGUCCAAAGAUUUUGACGUGCUUACACACUUUUUGCUGCGAGUGUUUGAAUGAUUACAUUGGUAAGAAUGUGGAGAACGCAUCUAAGGCAGUUGUAUUUUCUUGCCCUUCUUGUGAUAUGGAUAUCGAAGUACCUGCUCUUGCCACCGAUGGACGGUACGCUGACGUCAUAAAGAACGACCAGUUUAUGGAAUCAUUUGUGGAACUAAAGAAUGCUCUUCAAGAUGACAAAUCGUGUGACAUCUGCGUAAGAAGAGAUGCAUCUGUCGUUGCUAAGAACUGGUGCACGGACUGUAAUGACGCACUGUGCGAAGCGUGUUCUCAGGUGCAUUUACACGUAAAAGUGACGUCAUCACAUACUAUGACGUCAUUGGAAGAAAUGAGAAAACAGCCGUUAGAUCUGAUCAUGAGGAAGAAAAGUAAGGUCAAUUGUGAUAGACAUGGGGAGAGUAUAACAUUGUUUUGCGUUGACUGUAAGGAUCCUCUUUGCGUACAAUGUUUGGCUGUGUCGCAUAGGCGUUGUGAAAAUGUGAUCACCGUAAAUGACGCCGUGACGUCAAAGACGGACAUAGACAAUAUUUUGGAAACUUUGCGGUCUUUUCAGAUGUCGUUGGAUAAUGUUGAUGGGUUGAGCGUAGUUGAAAAGGAAUUGGAAGAUUCAGUUGAAAAUACUAGAAAUGAAAUAACGUACCUGAGCAAUUCAUUAUGUGCAAAAAUCAGAGAGCAAGAACAAUUCCUCUUGAAAAGACUGGACGAAAAAUCUAGCGAAGCUAGAAAUAUCCUGAAAGAACGAACAGAGCCGCGUAAAGUCCAGACCAAAACCGCAAAAGCCGCCAGCCAACGAAUGAACAAUCUUCUCCGAUUCGGCAGUGACGUUGAAGUUCUGAUGGCGUUUAACCAAAUAAAGAAACAAGUCGAUGAUUUCAAUCUGCAGAUGGGAGAAACCAAUCCAGAAAAGCUUAAAGUGAGUAUUGAAUUCACCCCAGACGACACCAGUCUUACAUAUUUGGAUGAAAUGAAGAUGCUUGGGGAACUAAGAAUCGAGACAGGCGCAGAUGACGGCAUAUCGUGUUGGGGCGUCACCUGUACGUCACUGGAUGAUAUCAUCGUGACGGACUGCAAAAAUAAACGUAUACAGAAAUUCAGCAAGGGCGGAGAGCUUGUCGAUCAUAUUCAACUUGACGACGAACCACGAGACAUCAGCACGUGCGGUCACGGUGAUGACGUAGCUGUUCCGUUAAUUGGACGUCUUAUAAUGUUCAUUGCAACGCGUAAAUCGCUUGCGUUGAUACGCCGUACCAAAACGGAACGUCAGUAUGACGGUAUAUCUUACUCAAACACGGAGAGCUAUCUAGUUGUGAGUUGCCUUAGAGAACAAUGCGUCGACUUGAUCCAACUCGAUGGCCAGGUGCUACGAUCGUACGUCAACGACCCAAACGGCGAUCCGUUGUUUGACCAACCGCGUUACGUUUCCGCUGCAAUAGAUGGAACUAUUAUCGUCUCUGAUAUAGGUAAACACGGUGUGAAGUGUAUAAACCAGCGAGGGGAGGUUAUGUUUAAUUACACCGCCCAUAACGACAUGCGGAACCCUCAAGGCGUCUGCGUUGAUAAAAUCGGUAACGUCUUCCUGGCAGACAAUUCGAAUGAUCGAAUUCAGCUGCUGACGAGUCGUGGCGAGUUUCAGAGAUACGUGCUAGUGAAAGACUCGGGACUAGAGAGGCCUUGUGCUAUUUUCGUGAGCAGCUCCAACCGACUCAUUAUUGUUCAGAACGACGGGAUGGUGAAAGUGUACAGCUAUUGUUAACGAAAGGACUAUUGUUAACUUUUAGUUUUUCAGCAAAUGCAACCAUUGUUCAUAAGCUAUUGUUAACAAUAAUGAGUCCGAUGUCUAGUUUUGAACAGACAAACUAUGGUUGAAAUGUAUAUCUGCAUAAGGCCAAAAAAUGGUUUGGUUAGGGUUACAUCCUUUUCAAAAACAGGUAGGGUAGGAAGGCUUUUUUUAUUAGGCUUUAUAUAAGAACGUACUUGUCCUCAUUGGAGAAUAGUGUUAAGGUAAUCUUCUGUAUAAAGCUUUUAAAACACAUAUUAAACACAUAGAAAUCUACGUAAAAAAUGAAAAUAAAUGACCAUAUCAUAUGGCUAUAAUAAGCGGUAGGGUCGGCGCCCAUUUCGUGAGUAUGGUCAGGUAACCCGAACCCAAUGUAUUUUUAGGCCUUAGUGAAAGUUGUUAGCUAAUGUUAGACAUACAUAUGCAUUCAGACUCUGAACUGAACAAAUGUAAAAGCUGUGUGAGCAGUGUGAGCAUAAUAAUGUUAUGUAAUGUUGAUUCCGUGUUCAAUUGUACAAUUAAAUUGUACAAGGUUUACAUAGUUUACCUCAUCCCACUCGUACUUAUAUUCAACGAUCAAUCCUCUGUUUACGUAUGUCUAACAUGACCGAUAAACGUUAUUGUAUAUUAAGGUUUUAUAAAAAUAAGGUAUUAUAGGAGCCACCUUAUCAACGCUCGUACGACAUAUAUGGUUGAAAGAUCAAACAUUUUAGAUAGAUAUACUGUGAGUGUCACACAAUUCAAUGUAAAUUUAAAGCUGCACUCUCACAGAUUGACAGUUUUGACAUUUAUUUAAAAUUUUUGUCUCAGAUUCAGCUGAUGUUGAUACCAAUCACGUCAAUUUAGUCAUAUAUUUUAUUAUAAUAUAACUCACAAUAAAAUAUAUCUUUAUUGUUUGGAAAACUGCACAAAACUCAUUUUUCUUAAAGCGUCAGUAACGCCUUUAGCCAUAAACUAUCUAUUUUCGAACGUGAAUAUGAAAAACUGCAAUCUAAUCUUUUGUCAGCAAUCUUGUUUCACUGGUUUCCAGACAAUAACCCCAAAAAUGGCUUAUGUCAAGACAAACAAAUAUAAAAGUUGUCAAAACGGCCAAUCUGUGAGAGUGAAGCCUUAAUUAACGUCUUACUUGCAAAGUCUUAUACACAUUUAAAAAACAUUGAAUUUCGCUUAAGAUAUUAUAACUGCAUUGAAAUAUUAAUUUGGAAAUGCGAUCCUUCGAUACAUGCGUUGAAAAGAUAGCCUCGUUAUUCACAAUCUGGUCGAUGUAAAUGUAAACUAGUUUUUCAUAAAUCAAGCACAAUUGAUGGGAGAUAAUUGUGCAUUAAAACAUUUGAGGGAUACUAAUGUGGUAGUGUCCCUUUGUAUUUCAAAACAACUCCAGUAUAAUUGGUCAGUGUAUUAUUUUUCCAAACGUUUGGCGUAUGUUUAUAUUUUGUAAAGGAGCUCUCUCACAUAUAUAUGUUAACUACGUUUUUCCUUCAUUUUUUAAAAUUUGGUUUAUUUCAUAAUUUUAUUGUAAAACACAGACACAGUAAAGAGUUAGGUCACUAACUUAAUAAUUUUAAGUGAAAACUAUCGAAUUAACUUUUUAUUGUUUAUUUACGCUUUUCGAUAAGCACUUAUUGCCGCAUAUAUAUGAUGUAAGUAACUUACAUGCUAUUACCAUUUUAUGGUUAAAUAUUUGACCCUAUAUUGCAUGUGAGUGUGUAUUUAAAUAACUGAUGGGCAAUACGUUUAUGACUUUUUUAUAUUAUCAACAUAUACUUCCAUACUGAUCAUAUUACAAAACAUUAAAUGAUAUACAUUUGUAUAGAUGCAUUAUAUUAAAUAAGAGAUUAUAAACGUGUAAUGUUAGUAUUUCAAUUAUACAUGUAUGAAUGAUGAUAUUUAUAUUCGGGUCAUAUUAUUCAGAUCAUAUUUGGAAAAUCAAUAAAAUAU